CCAGCCUAACUUUCACUGUAUCCGAGUGCUCCCCGACUCUAGGCAGUCAGCCUUGAUGUACUUUCCGACUUCGACAGCACGACGAUUAUCGACUGUGCCAGCCCUUCCAAACAUCCCACCCGAGCAUGUUGUAGGCCUUUGUCCGAGUCCACGUAAAUCAUUCUUUGCUACCCUUACUAGAAACGGUAUCUCUAUCUGGCGCGUUCGCCCUACUGCUGUCCUCGCGCACUUGUCGCGAACUCCGACGUCAACCUUUGACCAUGGCGAGAAUGUGAAAGCAUACUGGGCGCCGGAUGGAUCGCGAAUUGUCAUUCAGACUUCUCUUUCGUACCUUGUCCUAAUAACAGUCACAUACGAUGUCUCGGACCCCGUAUACCAACCUCCCAUACUCACUGCGGCCGCUCAACGCAACUUUCUCGCUGGUCCAGGCGAAGGCCUUCCUUUGAACCCCAUCGGUCUUCACUUUGAGGGCGUAAUUCGUGUGGAGGGAACUCUGAUUAGCACAUCUCCUCGCCGGCAUUACAUUCUUUUCUCUACUAAGAACCCACCUGCAGUCCAGAGAAUUCCUUGGCCUUCCGAAGAGGACGAACCGCAAAACGAUUAUGAAGGCCAGGAACCUCGCAGAAACAAGCGUUUUGGCAGCUACGACACAUGGAUAUUCAACGAUCAUGAGUUUGAAUGGUUCGUCGAACCGGACUGGCAUCUUGUUCACGCUCGUGUUGAAGUCACCGUCGCCCAUAUAUCAACCUGGAUAACCUCCGACGGCCGUGCCUAUUUUGUCCAGCUGCAUGAGUCUGAAUCGGAAGAAGAGAGUAGUACGUCGGAGCAGGUUGAAGAUGAGAAGCCCAAUGGGAGUAAUUGGCAUGGAACCUGCGUGCACGACUUUCCGACUCCUCGAUGGGUGCAAAAGCAGCGCCGUAUAGACCCAAAUGAACCUCUACACGAACGUAAUCGUAGGGCGUACGUGGAACCCAAGCAAGCUGUUUGCGUAGCCUUGAAUAGUAGAUUUUCUCUCAUUGCUGUUGGGAUGUUGGGUGGAGGGGUAGCCCUGACAUCAUUCCCGGCAUCUCCGUUUCAAACUAGUCCCCUAUCAUCUACACCCCUCUCCGUGCCCAACCCCUACAACCGAGAUACAGGGCCUGUAUGUGCUCUGGAGUGGACCUCGGAUGGUUAUGUACUUGCAGUUGGUUGGAAGCAUGGAUGGGCGUUAUUCAGUGUUGGUGGUCGAUGUCUCGCCAGUGGUGGAUUAGGCUCAGGUGAAGAAGGGUCUAUCGACGAAAAGACCUUUCAAGAUACGUUUAUGCAUGGCGUCCUGGACUUGUUUUGGACUCCAGGCAACUUUGAGCUCGUAUUGUUGGCACAACUCGCCUCGCAUAAUGUCGAUGGACAGCUAUUCGCUGUCCCUUUUGCCAAGAGUGCUACGACAGGCCAACAGUCGCCGGACAAUACUCGUUAUGCCUUUCUGCAGAUGGAUGACAGGGCGCUUGUUUACCGCGGCGCUGAUCAGCCUGAUAUGAGCGUGAUCAAUCCGGAGUCUGAUGUCUGGCAGCAUGUAAAGAUUCCGUUGGCCUAUCUAUCGACUAACUGGCCAAUACGAUAUUCUGCUCUGAGCAGCGAUGGCCGAUUGAUUGCAGUUGCUGGUCGAAGAGGACUCGUGCAUUACAGCUCGUCUUCGGGCAGAUGGAAGGUAUUCACCGAUGAACUGCAAGAGCAGGCCUUUGCUGUACGGGGAGGCCUGAUAUGGUUCCAUCAUGUCCUGAUUGCGGCUGUUGAAAUGAAUAAAACAUAUCAGAUUCGUUUGUACUCACGAGAUCUUGAACUCAGUAACCAAAAUGUUCUUCAUCGAGAAACACUUUCGACUCCAGUGAUAAUCCUCUCACUAGUGGAUAACUCCCUCCUGGUGUAUACCGCCGACAAUGCACUCUUUCAUUACCUCAUAGUCCCUACUGAAGACACUAUCAAACUGCAUUUAUGUGGGAGUAUCACUUUCAAUGGCAUCAUUGCCGCUCCUGGGGCAGUCAGGAUGCUGAGUUGGAUGAUACCAUCGGCGCAAAAACAACUCGGUGAUCCAGUGGAAGAUCUAGCGGUUGCCACUGUACUGAUGGUGGUAGGGGGACAGCUUGUUUUGCUUCGUCCACGGAAGUCUGCAGAGCAAGAAGUCCAAUAUGACAUGCAAAUAUUUGCUGACCGAAUUGAAUUUUGUUGGAUACACUUGCGCGGAAUCGGUGCCCUUGAAAACUCCUUAUGGGGCUACGAUGGACAGAGUAUGAGGGUUUGGCUCAACGCUCUGGCUAUUGAAGCGCCACCGCAUGACUCUCCCAGUGAUUUACUUCCAAAAAACGUCAAAGAGAGCGUUAACAUCCCUUUGGAUUUUUAUCCCUUAUCUGUGCUCAUGGAUAAAGGCAUCAUAAUAGGCGCUGAACAUGAAGCAGCUACGCGAUCGAAUCUUCCAUUUGUCAUGUUCAGACAUGCCACGAGCUCCCAUUUGUUUCUGCAUCAUGCCCUGCUUUGUUAUCUGGAAGCACGGCAUAUCCAAGAAGCUGUCGUUUUCGCAUCUCACUAUCAAAAUCUUGUAUACUUUGCGCAUGCCCUGGAAAUUCUUCUUCACACUGUCGUAGAGUCCGAGGCCAGUCUUGAUGACGAAUCCUCUAGUGACGCGGAAAACGCUGCUUCCAUUUUGCCCACUGUGAUCGAGUUUCUGGAUCAUUUUGAUGAAGCGUUGGAUGUGGUAGUCCGGUGCGCGAGGAAAACGGAGAUGAUCCGAUGGAGAAGACUUUUCAGUAUCGUUGGAAACCCUAAAGCUUUAUUUGAAAUGUGCCUCUCGUCGCAACGGCUUAGAACGGCGAGUUCUUAUCUUCUAGUCCUCCAUACACUCGAACAGCUUGACGAAGACAAUGAGGAUGCCGUGCGUCUGCUGAAAGCGGCUAUAGAAGGGAAAGAUUGGCAACUUUGUCGGGAACUUCUCCGGUUCCUCCAUUCGAUUGACGAUUCGGGAAUUGCUCUACAAAAUGCCUUGGCUCAAACGAAUCUAGGGAGUCGAGAUGGGAGUAGCCUUGUGGGGAACGGGGCAUCGCAUUAAUUUUAUGUACUGCAUGUCGGAAAUUGUAACUUAUGUGUAUACUUGUGGUGGACGUGUAUAUUUAUCUUUGUUAAAUCUUGCUAUCGGAUUAUAUCAUCUU